CGGCGGCUCAUGCCGCGCAGGAGGCCCCGCCGCCACACCAACCUUGCGCGGGCGACCAGAAGGGCCCGCCGCCACAUCAGCGAGCGACAACCUCGACUAACAGUUUUCCCCGUCCGUUAGUAGUGUUGGCUGACGUGGCGAAGGACGACACGUCAGCACACGUCAGCACACGUCAGCAUACGUCAGCACACGUCAGCACACGUCAGCAUACGUUAGAACACACCAGGAUCACGUCGGCAAUCAGAUCCGUGCCACUGUAAUUGACGGAAGCGUGGACGUGGAGAGGCUAUUAGGAAGGAUAUCACGAUGCGUAGUGUACGGAUGGGUAUGAUGAUAUUGGGGUCCCGACCGACCGGCAUGCUGUGCGCUUCCUCCUCCUCUUCGGCGUCCUGUUCAUCAUCGUCACCGACGGGUCGCCACGUGUCAACAGCAGUGGCGAUCUGGAAUCGUCAGAGCAUUAGAAGGCUAGACGAGAACCGGGCGAGCUGGACCGCGCGAUUGCUGUCGAAUGAUUGGCGCGAAUUGCGAUGUGGCGGCGACGUCGACCUGGACAGAAGGUCGGUGGCAGUGAGAGCAAGCCAGGUGGGCGAUGCGGAGACUACGUCGUUGGAAUCGCCUCCUCAGGCCCCUCGUGCACCAGAUCGGCGAGAGGUGUACCGGCUAGAGUUUGACGGAGCUAGUAAAGGAAAUCCUGGAAGGGCAGGAGCAGGUGCGCUGUUGAGGCGUCCCGAUGGCUCUGUGGACUGUGAAGUGAUGGAGUGCCUGGGGACUGCCACGAAUAAUCAGGCAGAGUACCGGGGGCUGAUAGUCGGUCUCAGAGCGGCACAACAGAGGGGGGUGUCGAGGCUUCUCGUUCAGGGAGACUCCAACCUUGUUUGCCGGCAGGUGCUUGGUGAAUGGACUGUUAACAGCCCCCACUUGAUGAGCCUUUGUGACGAGGCACGGCGAAAACCAGAGGGAAAAUCGACAAUGGAACUCUCGUCAACCGGUGAGCGAAGAGAGAUCGAAGACAUAGGAACUGGAAUGCCCGUUCCUGACAAAGAAUACCAAAAGCGUGCAAGAAGACGGCGAAGACGAGGGACCGGGAGGGCACAGAGGAAGAAAGCAGUCGUUUCAAACCUUUGCCUGAGUAGCACGACUUUGGCUGGCGAGACAGAGUCAGCUAGCGAUGUGCCGGAAACAGAAGGCUCCGGAGCUGCUGGUAUCCUGGGAAUCGCAACACCAUUGGUAGCGAGUGAAGGAUGGGAACAUGAGAGGGGUACACAUUCUUCUUCAGCAAAUAGAAGCUUCAGGACUGAAGGGUAUGUGCUGCAAUUGACAUUCUGGUGAUAAGGGGAUAGAUAGGGGAUUGAGCUGGUGUUUCUACAAAAGGAUGUUGUCGACGACAGGUUGAAAUGCCAGCCCAAGCGGUAGGCAUUCGUCACAAAGCCGGGCGGCUUGAGAGCCGACGUGAUUGGCAUUCGGGUGAUAGGCGGACGUUCCGUUGACUGAGCAGUCAAUUCUGCAAAGGUGCCGCAAUUGACAUUCUGGUGAUAAGGAUAGAUAGGAGAUGGAGCUGCUGUUUCUUUCCAAAAAAAGUGUGGAAGACGACAGGUUGAAAUGUUCGUCGAAGGAGUAGACAUCCGCCAAAGCAGGGGCACUCGAGAGCUGAAGGGUUUUUGGCGUUCGGGCGACAGGCUGACAUUCUGGUAAUCAUGCGGCGGCGGCGGCGGCCAUUUCCGUAAAAGCACUCUCGAAGAAGACAGGGUGAAAUGACAUCCACAAACUGGGACUAGCUCAGUCGGUACGCCCAUGGAUUGUUGAAACAAAGGCGCAAGCUCGAAUCAUCGAGAUGCAGCUCUGAAUUUACCUGGGGCAGGUCAGUUUGAAGAUGACAUCUCAAGGCGGUUGCCUUUUAACAAAGGAGUUAGAAAAGAAAAGAAACAGAAAAGGGAGAAAGAGCAAAGGAUGAAAUGGCAUCCCAAGCAGCUUGGAGCGACUUGGACAGUUGUUCACACACAAGCAGCUUGGGUUGGUUAGUGAUCGUGCCGGAAAGUCCGGUCGUCUUUUUCAGACCGAGGAGUCGAGGACGGCAAGGAGGACGAAGUUCUUUUAGUGGAUGUCGAAGGACGAUGAACAGAUUCAUGAUUCCUCUUUCGAUCCCAUAAGAUGUAACUGUGCUGGAUUGAGUAGAUUCCAGGACACGCCGGAAUCGUUUUCCGGAAAGUCCACGGUGACGUCAUUGGCAUGUGACUGGAGCACAGCGCCAACUUUGAACCUGGCUGCAGAGCUGUUCGAGUUCGACCGGGGAGGCAAUUCAUGAGGGAGCUUGUGAGGCACUGAAAUCAACUUUCAGGAAACAUGUUAAGGGCGACGACCUCACUGACAUGUCACUGACAUGUGACAGGAGCAGAGAACUAAGUUGGCUGAGGGAUUGUCCGCGUUGUACUCUACUACUCGCGAAACAAUGGACGGUGGAGUCCGUGAGCAGAAUGCUGGUGGGGAGGAGGGUUGGGGAGGAAGCAGGUCACGGUCCCGCCAAUCCUUGCGAGCUCUUGCGAGCACACAGGUUGACGUUCACUUCCUAGGAAUAAGCGAGUCUCUGUGGCGGCAGGCACUUUCCCAUCAGCAGGGCGAUGAGUUGGCAGCCGAGCGAUUGUAUUCCGUGUACUAUGUGGGAAAUGACAGAUGACUGCUAUUGAUGGCAGAGAGGGGAAAAUAGUGAAGGGUCCUCGAAUACGAGUUAUCUCGGCACGCUUCAGUGACUCGCUCUCAGGGCGCAGAAUCGCAAACUCAUAAGGUCGCACCGUCACUACCGCCACCACCACCAACUCAUCAGGGAGCAAAAAAAUGUUUUUCAUUUCUAUUUUCCUUUCUUUGUGUGGCAAUGUAUAUCAUAAGUAGAGGUGGUGAUGGAUAGUCUGUGUUGUCUGACGCCUUUGCGGGCCCGUGUUGGGUUUCGUCAGCUUAGUCUGUGUUGUCUGACGCCUUUGCGGCCCCAUGUUGGGUUUCGUCAGCUUCCCAGAAGCUCCCCUUUAUAUUCGAAUGCAACACACUUUAUUGGUGGAUGUUUCUGCUAAGCAGAUUCUUGUCUGUCUCUUGCUGUUUGUUUCACUGUGAGUCUGUGACUGCAAACUGCUAAUGGAUUGUAGAGACUGGUCGAUGUUAACAAGGGUCGAUGUGCGUCGAUGUUGAUAGUAAUUAGGAGAUGGAUUUCCAUACAAGUAGGUUUGAUUUGUUUUCUUGAGCUGUUAGGAAUGUGGAGAUGGAUUGGACACUAUAGAGGUCUGUUUUGUCUUGGACUCGCCAGGAAUGCAGCACUAAGAUUUCAGCAUCUCAGGGCUAUCUGGCAUAGCUUAUGAACCGGCUAUGUGAUCAAGCCUCUUAGCCUCUUAGGGCUAUCUGGCAUUUACUACGCACCGGCUAUGCAAUCAAGCCUCUCAGCCUCGCAGGGCUAUCUGGCAUUGACUAUGUACCGGCUAUACGAUCAAGCCUCUCGGCCUCUCAGGGCUAUCUGGCAUAUUGAGUCAUUGACUAUGUACCGGGUAUACGAAAGGCAAUCAAGACUGUCAGCCUCUCAGGGGUAUCUGGCAUUGCCUAUGUAUUGGCUAUGCAAUCAAGGCUCUCAGCCUCUUAAACCGCUAGUAUUUGGCCCCCAGCCUUGCAGUCCGAAACUUGUCGCCACAAGAAAAAAAAACGAGGCCGAAACGUCAAACGCUGGGCCUGCCAUUGAUAAAUUGGAGCGGUGGUCGCUUUUCGUUUUGCGCUUCCGGAAUUCGAGGUGUCGGCCCCGCUGCCCAGGUAGCUGUGUACUGGUGGUUUAAGGCUAUCUGACAUUUGCCAUGUACCGGCUAUACAAUCAAGCCUCUCAGCCUCUCAGGGCUGCUAUCUGGCAUUGUCUAUAUACUGGCUAUGUGAUCAAGACUAUCAGCCUCUCAGGGCUAUCCGACAUUUGACUAUGUACUGGCGAUGCACUUGAAACAAGUGCCUCUAUGACUGAUUAGGAGACGGAGGACAGCUUUUGCCGUCCUGGCAUGAAGCAACUGGUCUGUCCCAAACUGUCGACUAAUAUCACCGUGCCCGUUUUGCCAAACACAGCGCAUACCACGCGUCAUUUCUGACAGCGGAUGUGGCAGCGAUGAUGGUGGCAAUGCCAUUUUGCAGUGUGUUCUGUAGCGUUCCUGAGCGAGCAUGCUAAAGAAAAGC